GCAAUAGCCCGACCCUCUUUACGCCCGUGCCUCAUGAGCUUGCAAGUGACGUUAGGUACUAGACAAUUUCAUUCUAUCACUUCCCUGGAAAGGGGGCUUAUACUACAACGUAGGUGGGAUUUGCAUAGGCCCGCAAUCAAUGAUGGUCUGUGGAGGAUUUACUUGCUCAAAAAAUGCCUUGUGCUCGCUUAAUGUUGUGUACAUGCUGGUGGGCCUGCUGCUGGUGGGUGUGGCAGCAUGGGGAAAGGGCUUUGGCAUAGUUUCCAGCAUCCACAUCAUCGGAGGCGUUAUAGCUGUUGGCGUCUUCCUUCUGCUCAUCGCCAUUGUGGGCCUUAUCGGGGCCAUCCACCACCACCAAGUCAUGCUAUUCUUCUACAUGGUCAUUCUGUUCGUUGUCUUCCUGGUCCAGUUUGGAGUGUCCUGCUCCUGCCUGGCUAUGAAUCAAGGGCAGCAGGGCAAGCUGCUGAACUCCACUUGGGGCAUUAUGAGCGAUCCAACCAGGCUAGAUCUAGAGACCAAGCUGAACUGCUGUGGGCUGCUCAACACCACUCAAAAUCAGAUACAGUUCAACAAUGACUGGGAGAGGUGUACCGUGCCUUGUAAAAGCAGUGCAGCGGGAUGUCAGACUUGUGGUGACAUGAUGCUCCAGCAUGCCUCUGAGUCGCUCAGGAUCCUGGGUGGUGUCGGCCUCUUCUUCAGCUUCACUGAGAUUUUGGGUGUUUGGCUGGCCAUUCGCUAUAGGAACCAGAAAGACCCUGCAGCGAACCCCAGUGCUUUCUUAUAGUCUUGCGCACACGCACUCACCAUGCAAUAGUGUAGGAAAGCAAUUACUCGUCAAUGCGCUGGAUAGACACAGUCCCUGAUCACACUCAGGCUGCAUUGGAAAUGAACGCAAACACUCAAGACACCUAACACACUGGACUCCAUGCACCUUCCUGUAAUCUUGUCCCCGAAAUACUUAGGUGCCAAGCUGUACCAGACACACACCUAUAACAGCCACUAACGUAGAAAUGUUUCUCUGUUUUACUGUUAUUGUUUUAAUUCUGUGCUAAAGGCAUAAAUAUGCACUCUCGCAGAACCAUCUAAGGUCUCAUGUAUGACAGGAUGGCAGGAGGCUUGAUUCUCAUGCGAGUGCCAUCCUCCUAAAAUGCAGCCUCCUUGACUUGAGUGAAUGCCACUGGAUCGUGUAUGCAAACAGACAAAUCUGCCAUGCAAAGAGUAUUUAGUAUGUGCAUGUUUUCAGACCAGUGUAGAGCUUUUUUUCUCCUCACAUCAGGUGUGCUCCUCUGUAUCACCUUCUCUAGACAGUUCCAUUUGCAUUCUCCUGAGGUAGUUGCAAGUUCUAAGUUUUAUCACACGUGUUGUAUCAGUGAAUCACCUUUGACCUAGAAUGGGUAGAACUAGUAGAUUGGCUGAAGACGUGCCCAUGUUUUGAUGGAAAUAAUUACAGUGCUAGUAAAUUGUAGCAACUCUUUAGUAGUCAGUGUUGGGAGUUGUUAUGAUGGACAAGUGAUGGAAGUUGUGCGAUAGACUUGAAAUGCGUAUUGUGUUGGUCUAGUUUGUUGCCCCAAAUGUCGUGAUGUUAGAUUUCAUUUUUAUUUUAGGACAUAUAUUUAAAACCUUCUGUGACUGAGCCAUGUCUUUUUUUUGUUUAGUUUUUUUCAGGUGGGAUUUUUUUUUUAAACCUCCCAACAAGACUGCUGUGUGUGUGUGUGUGUGUGU